AUGUUCUUCACCACAAUAUUCCUCGCGGCCUCCGCCGCUGCAUUUCCCCUCAGCUCGAACUACUCUCUGCCUACGAUCAAGGCUCGAGAAUCAUGCAGUCCUGGUAUUAACUGUGUUGGGACCAACCAGUGGUUCCUCUGCAAUCCUACCGGACUGGCUAUCGUCCAGCCAGUGGCUCCAGGCAUGAUCUGUUCGAACAACCAGAUGAUCGCUGCGCCUGUUGGUGGUGCAGCUGCUGGUACCAUCGGAUCUGCUCCUCACACCGCCGCACCCAGUGCUGCCGCUCCCAGCAGCAGCCAUGCUCCCGCAACAACUCAGGCACCAGCCAGCCCCUCGGCUGCCCCGACAUCAUCGCAAUCCGCAAGGUCUUCUUCCAGCGCUGCACCGGCUCCAUCUAGCUCUGCUGCAGCAGCUCCUGCGCCUGCAGCUUCCGGUGCGGCAAUAAGCUACACUGGUGACGGCUCAUCCUGGCCCACAAUGGACAAGUGGCUAAGCUUCGACCAGCUUUGGACAAAGAACUCCGCCGUCAUGCAAAAGUCGUGCUCGCAAUACAACGAAGCCAACAACUCGGACGAAGAAAUUGCUGCUAUCAAGUCUGCAAUCACCAGUGUUGCGCAAUCUGCUAACAUCGAUAACAGAUUCGUCCUUGCCAUUAUGAUGCAGGAAUCCAAGGGCUGUGUCCGCGUGCCAACGACGAAAUACUCGGUCGCCAAUCCCGGCCUGAUGCAGGGUUACGCUGGUAGUGCAUCCUGCAACUCUGCCAUCUGGUCCAGCGGCGCACUUGUCACUCCUGGUACCGCACAGAACCCAUGUCCGUCCGAUACAGUUACCAAGAUGGUGACUGAAGGUGUCACUGGAACUGCUGCGUCUUCGGAGGAGGCCCUUGGUCCUCUCUUCAAGGGCAUUGGGAAGAACACCGCUCAGGCCUAUUUCCAGACUGCCAGAAAGUAUAACAGUGGUCCUACGUCUAUCCCGGCGAACGGUGAGCUUUCCAGUGGUGGAUCGACUUCUUCCUACGCUUCUGAUGUCGCUAAUCGCUUGAUUGGUGCUAUGUAA